GGACACUUUGAGUUUCCGUCUCUUUCCAGAAGGCUUGCUUUGUCGAAAUCGGGGGACAAUAUUGGUUUGAGGGUUGCCGCAUUGGCAGUCGCGUUUACUCUUUCCUUUUCUCUUUGGAAACUUUGACCGAAAUCGCUUUUGCACUUGGGAUGUUCCUUCCACGUCCAGCCGACCAUGCAUGACUUCAAUCUCCCAUCCGGUUAAUCAUUCUUAUAGGUUCCUCUUUUCUCCUCGCCAGUUAUUUCCAGCAAUUACUUAUUCCUGGAUCAUUAGAUAUCCUGAAAGUCAUUGUGUCCUUUCCCGCCCGUUUAAUAUUACACGCUUCAGUUCAUCUUUACCCAUCCAGCUUUCGAUUCUUGACACGAUGUCCCGACAACGUCGACACACCAUUAGUGGUCCUCGACCCAGCACGCAGGAUAUUUUUGCCGCGGGUCCACGAGAAUCAUCAGCCAACUGUGAUCCCGGCUCUUUGUCGAGAGGUAAUCUCUCUCAGGCUAGCCAUGAGGUGGUGGAUGCCAUGACGCAGACAAGUGACCAUAUGGCUGAUAUAGCCGAUAUGCCGCCACUUACUGGAGCCGACAGCGAUGCUGAAGAUGUCUCGACCGUCGCACAAUCCAGAUCAGACAGAUUAGAGGUACCUGGAUUGAUCGAAGCCUUCACGCAACUCGAGACUGGCGAUGAAUCACGGCCCAACCCAGGAUCUGUUGCGCCUUCUUUGACAGUCCCGAUACCUGUGUCAGACCGCGGACAGUACGAAUUAUUUGAGCAUGUGCCUCGUCAGACCAUCGCCGAACUUAUGCGCGAUAUACCAAGGACCUCCUUCGAUGCAUUCGUAGGGCAUUUGGUUCAACUUGGUUUAUUGAACUGGGAGGACGACGACUUACCCAUAAAACCAGCAACAAGAGUCGCGAUCAUGGCCUUGACAUUUCAGCAGCUUGCAUCGCCCGCUAACCUCAACCUGCCCCCAGAUGUCGUUGAAAGGUUCGUGCCAAUGUUCAUCUUACCACGCAUAGUGGCCACUGACGUGAUAAUUUUUCAGGAUCUUCAUCGACGUCUCCAAAGCCAUCGGUAUACUGUGUGGUUUAGGUGCUCCACAAUGGAUCUUGGACGUCGCCACGAAACUACGUGGUCUCAAAGACAUGUGAGCCGGAUGGAUAGUUCCCUAGCGCCCAGAAAAAAAACUUCGAUUUGGUGUUUUAGAGCAGCGUCAUUAUGGACAGACACUUGCACAUAUCGUGAUAACAUCGAUGUAAAGCGUUGACAUACGCAAUGCUAGCGAAAAACCGAGGACCUAAAAGGG